AUGUUGCUCCCGGCGCCGCUUGUCAGCAUCUCCGGCAAUCAGUGCGACAAGGUCGGCAUCUCACCAGACUAUUUCUACUCACUCUCCAGCGCUACGCAGUGCAACGCGCAGAAGGGGACGUGCGUGCGACACCAGCUGGCCGACUACCGUGCGGCGGACCUGGAACAGAUCGCGCAGGGCGUAGGCGGGCGCUAUAUCGCCACCUCUCUCGGCACCUUCACGCGGCAGAGGAUGGGGGAACAGGAGUUCCUGCUCGAUGCGGUGGAGCGCACGGGCGGGGCGAUGCUGCGGUGGACGGUUAAUGCGGACGGCCUCGCAUUCCAGCCUCUCCCGGUGAACGGCGUACUGGAUGCGAUCAAGUUUGGCAGCAGCACAGGCAUCCUCUAUGUAACGGUUCGCAACAACAACACAUAUGGUGGCCUCUACUACGUUGCCGUUGGUCAGUGUCAGGGAGCACGCGCAUCGCACUGUGAUAGCGACGGGGUGACACACGAGUGUGUCCGCACGGCUUUUGUGGCCGGCGCUAACACCUCCUCACUGUUGCAGUUCAGCAUGGUGAACGACCCGUCCGAGGAGGUGGGGAGCAUCGCCUCAUGCAUCGUCGUCUUUCGCGACGCGGCCGCUGCGCUGCUGGCCUCCACAAACGUUUCCUGGACGGUCGAACACACGCCCACUACGCCAGCGCCGAAUGCCCCCAAAGCGGAGCAGUGCCGACGCUGCGCCUUCAGCGACCUGCGGUGUCUCUUCAGCACCGUCUGCGAGUGGCAGAUGCUCGUGUGGACAGCCGUGGCUGUGGCUGUGGCGUGGGCGCCGUAUGCCAUCUUGGCCUACUGGCGCAUAGCAUGGCACGUUGGCGCCAAGUUCUUGGCGUGUCUGAACUGA